AUGGGGGGUGACGGUGCGCCGGCCAAGGGCCGCGGCCGGUUCCGUAAGACGGGGUGGUGCUAUCCCCCGGAGUCGUUGCUCAGAGCCGAGGCCGACUCCGGCGGCGACGAUGAUGGACCCGCGCUCGUCCGCCCCGGAGCCUCGCCGCCGCGGUCUCCUCGCGGCGCGGCACCCUCCGGAGUCGAGCGGUGGCCUUCGGCGAGGACGCCGAAGGUGGGGGGCGACCGCUCGGCGCCCAGGGUCGACCGCUUCGUGCUCGCCCCGCUGCUGAAGAUCAUGCGCGCCGCGCUCGCGCGCCGCGACCACCCUCGCGCCGCGGCGGCCGCGGCGCUCGUGCUGACCGCGACGCGCGGGCGCGACGGCGAGCCGCGAGACGAUGACCCGAACGCCAGAUCCGUCACCGUCGGCCACUGGACCAGGGGCAGCCGCGAGCGCGCGGAGUACGGCGAAGCCGAGCACGCGGCGAUACACGCCGCGAUCGAAAUCCUGCGGGAGACGGGCGGCGCGCCGCCGCCCGAGGCGCCCGCGCCCGACGACGGCGGCGGCGCGUCGCGACUGGGGGCGACGAGCGCCUCGGGACAAACGCAUCGGCGGCGGCUUCUUCAGCCGCCGCCGCCGCCCAACACGGCCAACAACAAAAUCACCCAACCGGCGCCGCUCACGAGGCUCACCCCGGAGGAGGAGAUCCGGCUGCUGGAGCUCGCCAGGCGGUGCACGAAGCGCGGGACGGACGCCAACGAGGAGGACCUCGUAAGUAUCGCGACGGUGUACGACGAAAAAUUAAACGAUCCGGACAGAGCCGUCGCGGAACUCUCGCGCGAUGAACGCGCGACGGUACCCCCGAAGGGAUCCAAGGGGGGCGCCAGGCGCGUGCCGCACUCGUACAAGCGCCUGCGGUGCGUCGCCCUGAUACGACACCGCGCGUGGCUCAGGCAAUCCCGGUUCGUGAACGCGUCCGCCGGUGACGCCGACGAGGGCGAAAACUUACGCGUCCCGCUCAACGCCACCGGCUCGACGGCGCCCAAAGGUCCACCCGGGGGAAGGACGUGGAGCCACUUCGAGCGCGUGCGUAUAGAGUCGCUCGCGAAGGACGCCGAGGACGCCAUAGGCAGAGCCGAGGAAAAGGCUGACGAAACCGGCGAGCGGGGAGACCCGCGGCUGGCUUCGGCUCGCGCUCAGAUUCGCAUGGCGGCGGGGGACGUGGUCGGCGCGAGGGAGGUGUUGGAGGACCUCGCGGCGAGGGAGGACAUGCGCGGGUGCCUAGCGGCGCAGACGAUGCUGGCGGACCUGCUGGAUGAGAUCAAGGCGGCGGCAAACCCGCCGGAGCGAUCGAUCGCGGAGAACCCGGGGAGCGAGAGCGGCGACUCCGAUUCGAGCGGCGACUCGGACUCGGAUUCGAGCAGCGAUUCGGAUUCGAGCAGCAGCGAGGAGAGCGACGACGCGCGCGACGCGCUCCUCCAGCGCCUCGGCGACGUUCCGGACGCGCACGCGAUGGCUGAGCGCCACCUGGCGGUUCUCGCGAUUGACCCCAAACGCGUCGCCUCCAUCCUCGGCCUCACCCGCGCCUUCUUCGAGGCCCAGGCGGACGAGGCGCGCGCGCUCCUGCACCCGGACCACGUCGCAUCGCAGGACGCGUGGCGGGAGGUUUCGCGGACGAAGCGCGCCACGUCGCGCGCGGUGCUGGAGGCGCUGUGCCGGUGGGCGGAGGCGGCGCCCGCCGAAGCGGCGCCGUGGCGCGCGUUGACCGUCGCGAUCACCGGCCUUCGCUGGCCGUCCCUCGACGCGCACCUCAAGUACGGCGGCGGGAGCGUCGCGGACCCGGUCACGACGGAGCUUCGGCUUCGAACGCAGUGCGGGGAGGUGGUCGGCGGCGCGGAGGAUAUCGUGCACGUGUUCAGGGGCGGCGGCGACGGAUCGCGGGACGCGGGGAGACUCGCGACGUGGCGGCGCUCAUUUAUUCCAACAAACGUCGAAGCGCUCAAAGCGCCGCCGGACACGACACCCGAGGGGAUCGCCGCGCUCGCGUCGCGUGCAGCGGCGUUCGCGGCGCUGUUCCGCGGCGACGACGCCGUCGACGCGUUCGUCAACGAAGCCGAGUCGGCGGUGAACAAGGCGUUGGCGCGCGCGCACGGGAGCAAGCGCGCGAGGCGGCAUCCCGAGAGGGCCCGCGGGGUGUGCGCGUUUCGGGCCAGGGACGUCGGGUCGAGGGCCGUCGUCGAGGAGGCGCUGCUCGCGGCGAAGAGGGACGCGGUGGCGGCGGCGGCGAGGAGACACGAGGAGACGGGGGACGGCGACGGCGGAGACGUCGUCCUCGCGGAGCGUCUCGAGGCGGCGCCGUCGUCGGAGGAGUUCCGGGCCGUCUCUGGCUGGGUGCACGACCGGGGACUCGCGAUGCACCCGGCGGCGAGGAACAAGGAGCCGGAAAAGUCCUCCAGGGUGCGAACCGGCGGGUACAAGUCCAAGAGGGUGCGUUUGCAGGAGCUCGUGGACAUCCGGGACGGGGUCGUGCUGCGGCGGGGGAUGAAGAAGAGGAAGGGUGACCCCAACGCCGUGCGCGUCCUGACGGAGGGGGAACGCGCCGAGAUUGCGCGGCUGCAGGAAGCGGUCGACGCGGAGGAACGCGCGAGGGAGGAGAGACGCGUCGCGAAGGCGGGUCCCCGGCCCGAGUGCCUCGACGAGAAGCCGGUGUCCAAACGGGAGGUGGAGGCCGCGGUUCAGGCGGAGGCUUCGGGCGGGCGGGCGUUCACCAAAGCCGUGAAGCUCCUCGCGCGUCGAAACGCCUUGCUCGAGGCGCAGCUGGCGGCGCUGAAGGAUUGGAAACGGCGCGGGGGCGACCUGAACGGCCACGACGAGCGCACGCUCCUCCGGCUCGAUCGUUGGCGAAGCAACCUCACGAUUGCUCGCAACAGGGCGGUGGUCACGCGGCGCAGGCGCGAGGUCGCGGCGGGGAUGGCGCACGCGGUGCGUCACCACGCGACGAACCCGAACCGGCCUCGCGUCGGCGAGACGUGCCGACGAUGCCAAUCGCAGCCGGGCAAGCGCGCCAAGUACUGCGGCUCCGACUGCGCCGCGCACGGGUGCGAAAACGCCCCGGCGUCGAGCACGUUUCUGCCGCACCGGUACGGCUCGAUAUCAACGCACCUGAUUCUCGACUGGGAGCCGUCGUGGAUGCAUUCGCGGCGCCGGAUCAAAGGGAAGGCGGUCGACGGCGGCGGGGGCGACGGGGGCGGGGUCGAGAUCGACGGUCGCGUCGCGAGGGGUGUUCGGUGCGCCGGGUGCAGGGACGGCCAGGGCUCGGCGGCGACGUGCGGCACGAGGUUCGCCAGGGCGUGCUGCAUUCGCUCGCUCGACGUGACCGUGCUCUCGAUGCCGCCGCCGGGGCCGAACGAAAAGGCGCGGCGGCGGUGCGACGCGUGCAGAGCCGCGGGGAUCACGCCGAGGCUCUGCGGCACCGCGCUGGCCGAGCCGGGAUGCGCUCGAAGGAUAGCAGAGGGGGACGGAGCCGGCGAAGCGGCCAAGCGGAGGAAGACGAGCGCGGCGUUUUGGCUCGAGCGCGCUUUUUUGACGAGAAUCGCCCAGCCUCUCCAGAUCCGCACUAGAUCCGGCGCGAUGGCUGCCGAGAAGGAGGACGCGACGAAGGCGGACGCGGAGGAGGCUCCCGCGCCGGCCGCGAACGAGGACACGCCCGCUCCCGUCGAAGUGGGCGCCAAGAGGACCGCGGAGGACGCCGAAGGUCCCACGCCGGACAGCGCGAAACGAUCGAAGGUGGCGGACGACUCCGACGACGACGAUAAAACCCCGCGCGGCGGCGAUGUGCACGAGGGCGAGGCGACCGAGGCCGAGCCCGAGGCGGCCGCCGACGCCGCCGAGAAGAAGGACGACGACGAAACCCCGCCCGGCGGCACGGAUGCCCACGCCCCCGAAGAAGCCGCCGCGGACGCACCCGCGCCGGCUCCCGCGAACGAGCACGAGCCCACCGCGGAGAUCGGCGCGGACCCCGCGGAUGCGGUCGCCGCGGCUGCCGCCGCCGCCGCCGCGCACGCCGCCGCGAUGGCCCCGCCCGCCCCCGUCGUCCACGCGGCGCCCGCGCCCGUCGAGCCCGUCGUCAAGGAGAUCGACUGCCCGGCGACCAUGGUGGGCCGGGUCAUCGGCAAGGGCGGCGAGACGAUCAAGGGGAUGAUGGCGCAGUCCGGCGCGCACAUCGCCAUGAACCAGUCGCUCGAGGGCGACGUCAAGAAGGUUGUCAUCACCGGCGCGGCUCCGUGCGUCGCCGUCGCCGAGGCUCUCGUCACCCGCCUGCUGUCGCACCCGCCGGGCCUCGCCGUGAUCGACCCGGCCAUCUUGGGCCCGGGCCAGGAGUCCCGCAUCGUGGAGUGCCCGAAGAACAUGGUCGGCCGCGUCAUCGGCAAGGGCGGGGAGACGAUCAAGGGGCUGCAAGCGCACAGCGGGGCGAGGGUGCAGGUGGAUCAAACUGUUGGCGACCCGUGCCACGUCGUCAUAGCCGGAGCGCCCGCGUCCGUGGCGUACGCCGCGGAGGCGGUCGCGGCGAUCAUCGCGGGCGGGCCCACGGCGCAGUACGCGGUGCCUCAGGCUGGCGCUGGGUACGGCGGAGGGUACGGGGGAUACGGAGCUAUCGGAGGGUACGGAGGGUACGGGGGUUACCCUCAAGCGGCGGCGGCUGCGUACGCGGGAUAUUACCCGGGGUACGGGGCGUAUCCCUACGGCGUGAUGGGGGGUUACGAUCCCGCGGCGGCGACCGCGGCGGCGCAACAGACCGCCGCGUCAGCCGCGCAGCAGGCGGGGACGCAGCAGGCUGACGCGACGGCUGGGGAUUGGCGGGCGGUUGACGACGGAAACGGUAAGACGUACUACUACAACGGCAAAACUGGGGUCAGUCAGUGGGAGAAACCGCCGGGCUUGUGA